CGGAAGUGUCUGCAGACUGUGCUCAGCAGCACUGAGGUAGAGGGAAGCUCGUGCAGAGACCUGUGUGCCAGGCAGCCUAGAAUGAAUGGAGCGGUGCCAUCAUGACAAGAUUCCGUAGAAGAACCUGUAUCACCUUAGCAGUUUUUAUUUUCAUUGUUUGUGCUGUUAUGAUGGGCUUGAAGUCACUGAGACCAGAAACAUCUACUUUUGGAAAUCCUUUUGGACUCGGCCUCUUACCAGAACGCCAGAAAGGCACCGCAUUAGAUAAAAAUUCAGGCAGUAAAAUGACUAGCCAACAACACACCAAAGAGCACGAAGAUAGAAUUCCUUCACCUAAACCUGGUGACCUGGACACAGACUUACCUGCUCCUAAUUAUGACUUUCAUGUUUUUUAUUACACCUGGUAUGGAAAUCCUUCAUUUGAUGGAAAAUAUAUUCACUGGAACCAUGAGAAGCUGAAACAUUGGGAUGCCAAGAUUGCGAGCAAUUACCCAACUGGAAAACACAAUCCUCCUGAGGACAUUGGAUCUAAUUUCUAUCCAGAAUUGGGCCUGUACAGUUCUAGGGACCCUAGCAUUCUUGAAGCCCACAUGAAGCAAAUGCGAUCAGCAGCUAUAGGAGUGAUCUCCCUGUCCUGGUAUCCACCACAGACGAGUGAUGACAGUGGUAUCCCGGCUGAGAACUUGGUACCAACUGUUUUAGAUAUUGCUCAGAAAUAUAGCCUAAAGGUUACAUUUCACAUUGAGCCCUACAGAAAUCGAGAUGACCGCAGUUUACAUGACGAUGUAAUAUAUAUUAUUGACAAAUAUGGGGAGCACCCGGCCUUUUACAAAUACAAGACAAGAACCGGUAGAAGUCUGCCAAUGUUCUACAUUUAUGAUUCCUAUAUAACACCACCUGAUGCAUGGGCUAAACUCUUUACAGCUUCGGGAUCCCACAGCAUUCGCAAUACCAAGUAUGAUGGCAUUUUUGUGGCCUUGCUUGUAGAGGAGAAACAUAAGUUUGAUAUCCAAAGAAGUGGUUUUGAUGGAAUAUACACUUAUUUUGCCACAAAUGGUUUUACAUAUGGUUCCUCUCAUCAACACUGGCAAAGUUUGAAAGAUUUUUGUGAUUCCAACAAUUUGAUAUUCAUUCCAAGCGUUGGGCCAGGCUACAUAGACACCAGCAUACGUCCAUGGAACUUCAAAAACACCAGGAAUAGAAUAAAUGGAAAAUAUUACGAGACUGCGCUAAAUGCAGCAUUGCUAGUGCGUCCUAGCAUUAUUUCCAUCACAUCAUUCAAUGAAUGGCAUGAAGGAACUCAGAUUGAAGCAGCUGUACCUAAGAAGAAUGCUGAGAUGAAGUAUGAGAACUAUUUACCUCAUAAGCCAAACAUGUACCUGGAGCUCACUCGGAAAUGGGCCGAAAAAUAUAUGAAAGAGAAAGAACAAUGGCUUGUUUAAGGGACAGGGACGUUGUUCAGUUUGAGUUUUUAUUACUUGGUAUUGAAUAUCUUAAAUGGUAGUCAAUCAGCUUAUAUCCUAUCCAAAGGGGGAACAUAUUCUCGUGAUCGGCGGGGUCCCAUCUGCCGAUUUGACACUUAUCUUUUAUCCUGUGAAGCUGUUAUGGGACAGUCACAACCACUUUUUAUACACUGGAAUUGAAAGUAAAGUUGACUAGUUUACUUAUAUGACACUUUCACCCUUUUCAUAGGCUAAUCUGGUCUUAGGGUACUUUCACACUAGCGUUAUUUUUUUCCGGUAUUGAAAUCCGAUAAAGGGUCUCAAUGCCGGGAAAAAAACGCUUCAGUUUUGUCACAAUGCAUUCUGAAUGGAAAGCAAUUC